UCAGUCGCUGGGCGGCGCGCGGCCGGCGCACGGUCGAUAGCUGCACGCGAGCGCGAGCACGAGCACGGGAGCACGGCCAUGUUGCGCGACGCGUGCACGCGCACGCGGCCCCGACGCGCUGCUGCGUGAGUGUAGUGCUGUGGUGCGGACGGCCCCCCCACGCCGCGAGCGGCGCACGCCUCGAGCCUCGGUCAGUACCACGUACCGACCGACUCAUGUGAUGUGUUAAUACAGUUUGUACACGACGACUUUUCAUACCACGAGCGAAGGGACCGGCCGUACAGACAUGCGCUGAUAUCGGCCGAUUGAAAACUAAUCGUUUAAGGAAUUUUUUUUACAAUAAUGCGGCAGUCUUAUGGAGUCUAGCUUUGGCCAAACGAAAGCCGAUUCAUGUCAUGCGCUGAUCUCAUACGCUAUGCUACCAAACACACGUGAGGGCGAGCGCGGGGGCGAGCGGCGGCGCGGCGCGGGCGCAGCGGUGUCGCGCGGCAUGCGGCGCCGCCCGCUGCUGCCGCUGGUGCUGCUAGCGCUGCUGCGCACGCAAGGCCUGCUCGCCGCGUCCGGAGAAGCCGAUUACACACUGGACGAUUCGUUUUGGAAUGAAGAGAGCCCAGUCGGCGAAGUGGAGCGGCUGCUACGCGAAUACCGACAGAAUCAAGAGCUGGUGCGUAACAUCGGGGCGCAUUACUACCAGAUCAUAUACCCCGUGCAGCUGCGCCACCACGAGAAGAUGGGCAUCUCGACGCGCGAGGUGAACACGCCGAAGGGUCGCGGUUACAGUUCCGACUACCAGCAAGGCACCAGAUCGCGUACGAGGGCUGGCAAACACUUCCACAGAACAUCCCUUCUCAUCAAAGCUUUCAACCACAAGUUCAGAUUGGAUCUCGAGCUUAACACACAACUGCUAGCGCCGAAUUUGAAGCAAACACAGUAUUUAGCAAAUGGUGCUGAAAGCGAUAUAAGAACGGAAAUCGAGCAUUGCUACUACCAUGGUACAGUGAAGGACUAUCCUGGUGCUUCAGCCGCCUUCCACACUUGCAAUGGUGUCUCCGGCGUCAUUCACAUAGGCAACGAGACAUUCGUCAUACAUCCGUUCUAUGGAGGAGAUCUAUCGCAGAAACACCCACAUGUGAUAUUCGAGGCGAGGACCAAGGCGAACAAGGGCUGCGCCAACAAGCUGGAGUUCAGGCCGAAGAGUAGGCGGACGAAGCACGUGUCGUUCGUCGAGGAGCCGCUCGGUGAUGACCCUGGGACCAUGGACGGCGCCCGUUCGAAGGAGGGCCGGGAGUGGAGGUGGUGGCACAACACGGGGCUGCGCGCCCUCAACCGUCGCAGGCGCGACGUCCGGGAGACCACCAAGUACAUCGAGACCGCGCUCGUGAUCGACAAGGCGAUGUUCGACCGACGCAACGGCAGCACCCGCUCGGAGGUCGUCCACGACGCUAUACAAGUGGCUAAUAUUGCUGACCUGUAUUUCCGCACCCUGAACACGAGGGUGUCUUUAGUAUACAUUGAAUCCUGGCAGAGCGCGGAUCAAGCAGACAUCGACAGGAAGCAGGACAUAACUCGCGCCAUACUCAAAUUCAGUGAUUACACCGCCAGGAAGUUGUUCAAAGUCGACAAGGACACCACGCAAUUGCUCACUGGCCUGACGUUCCCUGGUGGCGAAUCAGGCAUAUCAGUGCCAGAUACACUGUGCACUCCCAAGUCUGUCGGCAUAUCGGUAGACACGAAUACCUAUGAACCACAUCUCUUGGCUGGCACCAUGGCUCAUAUGAUUGGACACAAUAUUGGUAUGGGACAUGACGAUGGACGAGAACAGUGCUUCUGUCGAGAUUGGCAUGGCUGCAUUAUGGCGCAGUCUAUUGUGGGCUCCGACAAUGUGCAGCCCUACAAGUUCUCGGACUGUUCCAAGAAUGAUUAUAUCAACGAACUGAGGAUUGGCCAGGGACUAUGUCUCCUGAACAAACCUAAUGAGCUGGUAAUCCACCACCAAUGUGGCAACGGUCGCUUGGACGAGGGCGAGGAGUGUGACUGUGGCACCAUAGCUGACUGCCAGAGCAUGAACCCUUGUUGCGAUCCCUUCACCUGUCGCCUGACCAAAGAAGCCCAGUGCGCUUCCGGAGAGUGUUGUGAGAGAUGUCAGCUAAAGCCCCGAGGCGUGGUAUGUCGUGAUGCAACCAACGAGUGCGAUUUAGAAGAAACCUGCACAGGGCUAUCGGGCACUUGUCCUCCUGAUGCACACAGGAAGAACGGCGAACCGUGUGAAGAAGGGAAAGGCUACUGCUUCGCAGGGCAGUGCCCCACGCUAGGCAUCCAGUGCGAGAGGAUCUGGGGCCCUGGAUCUAUUGGUGCUGAUAAAGAGUGCUUUGAGCAGUUCAACUCGAAGGGAGCUGUCACCGGGCACUGCGGGAAAGAUAGCAGCGGACAUUAUAUUAAGUGCGAGACUGAAAACGUUCGCUGCGGUUCGCUACAGUGUCAGCUUGGCAACAGAUAUCCUGUAGUGAGCGGUAUGGACGAAUACUACACCAGAACUGUCAUUACCAUAAAGGGGAAUGAGUAUGAGUGCAAAGCAACCACGGGCCUUCCAAAACACGCGGAGAUUGGACCGCUCGGCCUUGUCCGGGACGGCACACCGUGCGGGGACAAUUUAGUAUGCGUGAAUCAAACCUGCACCUCUAUCUUCCCGUACAUAGACCACACCAAGUGCCCAACCGACCACAACAACAACGAGUGUUCUGCAAAAGGGGUUUGUUCCAACCUGAACAAGUGCGUUUGCAACCGCGGCUGGACUGGGCCAGAUUGUUCGCACCACGACGCACUGCCUCCUUCUCCGACCCCUUACGUACCCGAGAACGCGACAAAAGCAGCCUACAAUAUGACAAAGAAGGAAACACCGUAUGAGAACUACCACGGCUCGAACACGGUGUUCCUCGUGGCGGUGCUCAUGUCUGUGGUAGGGGGGGUAUUCAUAGUAUUUGCCCUGAGCGCUCUCUGCUACAGGUCAGUCGUAGUACACAAAAACUUCUCCCUGUGCCUAAGGAAAAAGAGUACGCUGCCAAAGUACGAUCCACCGUACGUGAAAAAGCCUAUAGCGAAGAGUUUUGCUGCUGGAUCGACGACUUCCAAUAAUUCGCAAGAGGAUAUUUCUCUGGACGGUGGCAAGAUGCAUUCCUUCAAUAAUACUGUCAGAAACCUUUUAAGCCGUGGAGAUUCCCGAGUAUUCUUCAGGCACGGAAACCAUAUGUCUGGAGCGGGCAAUACCAGUAGAUAUCCAGAUCACAAACAAAUGAAACGAGUACAUUCUGGCAGUGAAGAUGAACCUACUCAUUCAGGUGAAGAAGAUAUAGCUUUUAUAGAUGUAGCACCUAAUUCGAUGGCAAAAUUACCAGAGAAGGGAAUAUUAAAGAAGCAUGGAUACGGUGCUGUAGAUGGCAAGGAUAAAUGGGCCGAUGAUUCACAAUCUGAGCAACUGGAGGCAGGCUCCCAGUCAGAUGGACAAGAGCCAGCGGGUGCUGUUGCAGAUAUGGAAUAUAAGUUUAAGGAUCUAAAUGGGUACCACGAGAAUAUAAUCGUGGCGCUAAAGACAGCGGCAGCACAAAGAGCAAGCGCCGGUGCCUCGCGAGGUUCUGGUGACCUGCGUGCUUUACAAGAGUACGAGUAUAAGCGAGAGCGUGCACCGAGCGCAGAAAAAAUCCACGAGGCCGAACUACGCCGGCAGCGUGCUGAAGACGAGGAGGACGAACCCCCUCCUUGCGGCUCCAUCCGCAUCCGCAACUUAGAGGAUCUUAUCCGUCAGCUCGAGCACCAUUCCAGUCGGCAUAUGAGCCCUUCCGGCUCUGAAGACAUACGCAUGUCUGAAACAGAGGCUGAUAGACAUUAUAGAAUCGAGCCUGGAGAAGUUCCACCUCGUUGCCGAGGGCGCAUAGCCGGCGAGGAAGAGUCGCGGUUCGGGUACCCGCGGUUUCGAGGCAGCGGACGUCACCACGCACCGUUGUUCGGCGCGGGCGCAAGCGCAGCCACGCCGCCCGCCGCCAUGCACGCGCCGCACCCGCCGCACGUGCCGCACGUGCCGCACCCCGCGCACGCCGCCCACGCUGCCCACGCCGCCCAUGCGCGGCCCGCGCCUGACGAUGACGCGCUCUAUGAGACCGCGGACGCGGAACGGCUGCGUGAUGCGCCAGAUAGCGAGAGCUCAACAACAGUUAGCCCGGUGGGCGAGUGAAGACGCGGUGCCGGCGGCGGCGCGGCGCGAGUACUUCCCGUCGCCGCCGGGCAGCUCGGGCAGCUCGGCGACGGUGCGCGCGGGCGGCGCGGGCGGCGCGGGC